AUGGGCCUUGGAAGGGGGAUCUUUGCCGCCACGAUACAGCUGACAGAGGAGGCAGCAGUGCCAAUGGGGGCGAUGGUGGUGGUGGCGGAGGCGUCGUGGGUUUUCGCCAUUGAUCAGGUUCCACUUUUCAAACUUUUGUUCCCCCAUUCUGUGUAUAUUAGUGUUAGAAUGUGUGGUAGUAUGAUUGGGCUUCAGGAUAACUAUGAACUCCUCCUCUCUAGGUGCAUCAAAGAGGACUUGGGGUUCAAAAAUGGUAAACCUCUGCUCAUAGGCUCACCUGAUGACACUAGCCUUGGAUUUCUACGAAGUGAUAAUGCUUGUAGAUAUGUGAGACAACUUCCACAAUAUCCAAGGCAACAAUUUGCUGCUAGAUUUCCAAGUAUGUCUCCUAGUGCUGUUGAUUUGUUAGAGAAGAUGCUUGUCCAUGAUCCAAAUAGGCGCAUCACAGAGACUCUUGGACGGAACUGCUUGAUGUUGUGA